AUGUCGACCCGCAAGAGAAAGCAAGAAGCCGAGGAAGAACUGCAGGCUCUUCCCAGUGACGAGAGUGAAGAGGAAGAAGAAUAUCAGUCCUCGGACGCCGAGGGUGAAGACGUCGACGACGGAAGCGAGGAAAGCGAGGAAGAAGAAGAAGAGGAAGAAGAGGAGGAAGGUGAAGACGAGGGAAAAGCAGAACCUGAAAAGGCCCCCGCUCCCAAAAAGCGCAAAACCGCCCACGACGAGCCUGAAGGAGGCGACUCAAAGGGCGAAAACGGCGCCGGAAAAGACGAAGACGGCGACGAGGAAGAAGAAGAAGAAGGAGAAGAAGAGGACGCAGGCGAGACUGCUGACAAGUCUGCGCCGGCCGAGUCUGCGGCCAAGGCCAAGGGCGGCGAUGUUCCCAAGGAAGCUGACGCUGCCGAGGCCGACGGCGACAGUGAUGAAGAGUGA